AUGACCAGUCUUAAGCGCAAAGCUAGUCAAGAGUUAACUCACAACUCGAUAGAAGUUAUUGAGCCGAUUCACGGAGACGAAAUGUUCGAGACUAUAUUGGGUUGGUUUUGGGGCGCCUUGGAAUGGUUUCGUAGAAGGGUCGAUCCAUUAUAUACAGACAUGAGCUACAACAACAUUGAUGUAGUCGCAGACGAACAUAUUCAGAGGGCAGAAGCGAGAGAAGAUGGGUCAACUGCGGUCAAGCGGCAGAGAAACAAAUCAAGACGCGACAAGCACCGAAGUACCUCAUCACAUCAACCAAGGAAAGCAUCAAUAAAUAUGGACCCAACAAAGAGCUUGUCGGAAGAAGAGCUGAGGGCAGAGGCCGAUGCGCAAUGGAUCCCACCAGCCUUCGGUGCUCCUACGAAACCCAUAGAACAAGAGGUUAUAGUGAUACCGGAUGAUGACGAUGAGGGGGAAAACGAAGAGGAAAGACCAAAGUCGAUAGCAGACACGCUGCGACCACCACGAUCACCCAAGGCUCCCACCACACGCCUCCAGUCGAUGAGAGACCUGAGGCGCACAUCUAAGGUCACUGUUGAGACUUCUUUACACGACCACCUAGCCGAAUUAUUAACUUUGAAUGAUGAACAAGACGAUAAAUCCGGACCUUCGCCAUUUGCCAUCUCGACACGAGCUCAAGAAAAGCAUAAGAGGGAUCGUGAAGCGCAGGAGCUCAAGGAAAAGCAAGAAAAGAUUCGGAUCGCAAAAGAACGCAGACUGGUACGACGAGAUCCAUCGAAUCGGUUAGUACAUGCAUUGGACGACAAAUGGGAGGACAUUGUUUGUGAAGCUCUGGACCGUGCUCGGAAGAAUGGGAAUUUGCCAAUUACCCAAUCGCAGGGUGGCACUCCAUUACAUUACAAAGACUUUGGAACUCUACUGGGUAGAAACUCAUGGCUCAACGAUGAGAUUAUCAACACUUAUAUUGAAUGGGUGGUGGAAGCUGCAAACGAAUUCGCAAGAGAAGAGGCAAAGGCUACCGGAGAACCUGUAGGGAAAGUCCCAAAAUUCAUAGCACAUAACAGCUUCUUUUACGAGAACUUGGAUAAGAAAGGCCCAAGCAGUACACAACGUCUGAUGGGUAGGAAGAAAGCUCCCGGAGUCUCGUUGCUUCAGGUUGACACGGUGUUUGUUCCUAUCUGCAGAGGUAGUCAUUGGACUGUAGGAGUCGUACGACCCAUAGCUAGAACUAUUGAGUAUUUCGAUAGUUUGCAAGGGUCUCCAAAGACAUUCAUCAAACUGACGCGGGGGUGGUUGAAAUUUCAACUCGGUGCGGAUUACAAAGAAGAUGAAUGGAAGACCCCAAACACUGGAUGUACCAGACAAAUGAAUGGUUAUGAUUGUGGAGUAUUCGUCUGUACAAAUGCUCUUUGCGUUGCUCUGGGCGUCAAUACUGACUGUUAUAAUGGGACGGAUAUGACGACCAUGAGAAGGAACAUCGCUGCGCUCUUAAUUAAUAAAGGCUUUCAAGGUGAUUUCGCUUGGGGCCAGGGAGUUUUUUAA